AUGGACAACCACUUGAACGUCAAGUUUGGACAGUUCAUGAACAAUGUGAACCUCAAGUUUGGACAGUUCAUGAACAAUGUGAACGUCAAGUUUGGACAGUUCAUGAACAAUGUGAACGUCAAGUUUGGACAGUUCAUGAACAAUGUGAACGUCAAGUUUGGACAGUUCAUAAACAAUGUGAACGUCAAGUUUGGACAGUUCAUAAACAAUGUGAACCUCAAGUUUGGACAGUUCAUGAACAAUGUGAACGUCAAGUUUGGACAGUUCAUGAACAAUGUGAACGUCAAGUUUGGACAGUUCAUGAACAAUGUGAACGUCAAGUUUGGACAGUUCAUGAACAAUGUGAACCUCAAGUUUGGAAAGUUCAUAAACAAUGUGAACGUCAAGUUUGGACAGUUCAUGAACAAUGUGAACGUCAAGUUUGGACAGUUCAUGAACAAUGUGAACAUCAAGUUUGGACAGUUCAUGAACAAUGUGAACGUCAAGUUUGGACAGUUCAUGAACAAUGUGAACGUCAAGUUUGGACAGUUCAUGAACAAUGUGAACGUCAAGUUUGGACAGUUCAUAAACAAUGUGAACGUCAAGUUUGGACAGUUCAUGAACAAUGUGAACGUCAAGUUUGGACAGUUCAUGAACAAUGUGAACGUCAAGUUUGGACAGUUCAUGAACAAUGUGAACGUCAAGUUUGGACAGUUCAUAAACAAUGUGAACCUCAAGUUUGGACAGUUCAUGAACAAUGUGAACCUCAAGUUUGGACAGUUCAUGAACAAUGUGAACGUCAAGUUUGGACAGUUCAUGAACAAUGUGAACGUCAAGUUUGGACAGUUCAUGAACAAUGUGAACCUCAAGUUUGGAAAGUUCAUAAACAAUGUGAACGUCAAGUUUGGACAGUUCAUGAACAAUGUGAACGUCAAGUUUGGACAGUUCAUGAACAAUGUGAACAUCAAGUUUGGACAGUUCAUGAACAAUGUGAACGUCAAGUUUGGACAGUUCAUGAACAAUGUGAACGUCAAGUUUGGACAGUUCAUGAACAAUGUGAACGUCAAGUUUGGACAGUUCAUAAACAAUGUGAACGUCAAGUUUGGACAGUUCAUAAACAAUGUGAACCUCAAGUUUGGACAGUUCAUGAACAAUGUGAACGUCAAGUUUGGACAGUUCAUGAACAAUGUGAACGUCAAGUUUGGACAGUUCAUGAACAAUGUGAACCUCAAGUUUGGACAGUUCAUGAACAAUGUGAACGUCAAGUUUGGACAGUUCAUGAACAAUGUGAACGUCAAGUUUGGACAGUUCAUGAACAAUGUGAACGUCAAGUUUGGACAGUUCAUGAACAAUGUGAACCUCAAGUUUGGACAGUUCAUGAACCAUGUGAACGUCAAGUUUGGACAGUUCAUGAACAACGUGAACGUCAAGUUUGGACAGUUCAUGAACAAUGUGAACGUCAAGUUUGGACAGUUCAUGAACAAUGUGAACCUCAAGUUUGGACAGUUCAUGAACAAUGUGAACGUCAAGUUUGGACAGUUCAUGAACAAUGUGAACGUAUAUUUCUGUGUAAACAGGGAACUUGCCGUAACGAAAUUAUUAUAA